UUGGUGAAAUGUUUGUACCCUUUAACUCCGUGUAUUCGCUCCAGUGAUUAGUCACCAUUUUCAUGCAAUUGUAAUUUUACACAUUUAUCAUGAUACAUCGAUAUUACACGCCAGACCUACGUUGUUUGGGAACAGCAAAGUCUGUCCCGCUGUGUGACCGUCCUCCGUGGAGCGGUUCCUCGCGUCCGGGACGGACAGAGCCGGACUCCCGGGAGACUUGUGGCCGCCGACAGCUGCAGUCGAGCGGGCAGGGCUGGCCGGAAGAUCCCCGGAGACAGAGUGGGGUUACCAGACUUUCCUCACACCUGGAAACCAAAUCAUUGAUCCUGGACACCAAAUCAUUGAUCCUGGACAAUGUGGUAGAACAACAUGAGAGAUGGCCAGUUUGUCUUACGCAGGCUGGAAAGAGAGCUGAUAUCGUUUCCCUGAGGAAGCAUCUGGGCCACACCAGGCGUUUGGCGUCGGCAAUUAAGCGAGGCCAGAGCUACUUCCACCUCCUGCAGAAAGAGGAGCAGGAGAAGCAGGAGGAAGAUGAGAGGCAGCGGAUGAGGAGGGAGGAGCAGCUGAGAACAGAGCCACGACCUCCCAGUUUCUCCUCCGACUCCGACAGCGAUUCAGAGGGGUGGCCUCUGCUUACAGAAUCCAGCUGUUCAGGUGUGACUGUAGCGUGGCCGCGCAGGAAGAAGAUCCAGUCAGCGCGACCUUUCACCCCCCUCCAUCACUCUCUCAGCUCCCCUCUGCUGAGUGAAGCACCGAGUAAGCUGAUCUACCGCCAGCUCUGCUGUCUCAGUUGGCUCCUGGAGGCCCUGACUCUGGAUCGCUCUGGCAGAGUGGGCCCCCUCACCGCCUGCUGGGACCCCGGAGACCCUGGCCGAGGCAGAACCACGAUAAAGAUGCUGAAAAAAGAAAGAGCCAUUGAGAACAAAUGGGAGCAGUUUGUUUCCUCCAAGCCUUGCAGAGCUCCUCCCCGGUGCCCUCGCAGCUCCUCGGCUCGCCUCCACUCACACAGGAAGUCUCCCUUCAUGAGUGCCGCCUCCCUCUCAGCCGUCACCCCCCCCACUGUGGGCAGCAGCAGUGUGUCCUCUCUGCUGCGGGACGUAGGGGAGGACACAGAGUCUUCAGGAGCACAGGAGACAGGCCAAUCUCCCUCAGACUAUCUUUGCACACUGUCAGAUGUCCACCAGAAAGGCAAGAAAGAGAGCCAAAGCUCAAAAACCAGCAAUUGGACCCCACCCGAGUCUAACCCACAGCCCCUGAAGACGGAUGACCAAACCGGCUCUAAGACCACAAAGAGCUUUCCAACCGAGAGCUGUCCUGCCAUCAGCCACCUCAUCAACGACAAAGCCACCAGGCUACGAGAGAUCAAAACUGCCUUUAAGGAAAGAGUGGAGGAGAUAUCUCAGAGCUACGCAGACCUCCUGGAGCUCAAAGCCAGGGAGAGGUUAAACAGCGGCCUCCAGGGGUAUCGAGCCCCGGGUCACGUGACCAAAUCCCAGGGCCUUCCUCCCCAUGUGACCUGCCUGUCCCAAGAGUCAGAAGCUCCAGACAACAAGAAUAAAAACAAGCACAGUAACAAUAUGUGGCUGUCCUCUCUGCUGAGCAGCCUGCCACAGGAGGUGUGCAGGGAGCGAGCGGGGGGCCGGGUGCUGGAGAAGCUGAGGGGCUUUGCAGAGCAGCAGAGCCUCAGGGUUCCACCUCAGGUCCUGCUGAAGGUGCUGGGGGGUCUGGAGCCGUGGGAGCUCUGUCUGCCUGAGCUGUGUGUGGCCGUCCAGAUUGCCACAGAGCACGUGGUCCAGAUGCCCAGGAAGGAGUACGACGCCUGGCUGGGUUCAAGGGUCACUCUGCUCCCACAGUACCGCCGUGCCCCUCAAACACCAGAGUGGCAAUCUACACCUGCAGUCAGAAGCAAUAAGGAGCGAUGGAAUGAGACUCUGGGGAAUGUGUUGAACCAUCCGAGAGAGUGA